GACCUUUUUCAAGACGCUGGCCAUAUCGUUUUCAACAAUGACACUUUUCACUGGAAUAACUCCUCUGUAUGGUUCAUGUCUGCUUUACGCGGGACCCGCCCCUCUCGUCUGGGGCUGGCUCGUCGUCUCAUUCUUCACGUGCUUCGUUGGGCUCGCCAUGGCUGAGAUUUGCUCAUCAUUCCCUACAACCGGAUCCCUCUACUUUUGGGCCAACUAUUUAGCUGGGCCCUCGUGCGGCCCAUUUGCAUCUUGGUGCUGUGACUGGCUUGAGACCAUAGGGCUGAUUGCCGGUAUAGGGACACAGGCGUAUGGAGGAUCUCAGACUUUACAGAGUAUCAUUCUGCUUUGUACCGGUACGAAUAAAAACGGGGGAUAUUUUGCUCCAAAAUGGCUAAUCUUGUGUAUGUACGUGGCGCUCACGGUUAUAUGGGCAGUGCUCAACACCUUCACUCUUGAAGUUAUCGCGUUUAUUGACGUCAUCUCCAUAUGGUGGCAGGUUAUUGGUGGAUUAGUAAUCAUGAUCGCACUUCCUCUCGUGUCCCUCACUAGGCAGCCGGCUUCAUACGUGUUCACUACAUUCGAGAUGGCUCCUGAGUCGACCGGGAUUUCUAGCAAGGCAUACGCAGCCAUUCUCUCUCUUCUCGUGAGUCAGUACUCUCUCUUCGGAUACGAUGCUGCAGCAUAUUUAACCGAAGAAACAAAGGAUGCGGACAAGAAUGGCUUAUGCAUAAUUCUAGGACUUCCCAUCCUCAAACUCAAUGUCAUAUUUACCGCCAUAACCUCAAUAUGCACGAUUGGGUGGGUCGGCGGCUAUGCUGUGCCCAUCUUUGGUAGACUAGUGAUGUCUGAAAGGGAUUUCAAUGCGGGGCCCUUCUAUUUGGGCAGAGGUAGGAGGCCUAUUUGCUUGGUAGCCUUUCUGUGGAUUUGCUACACUUGCUCGGUGUUCCUGUUGCCGACGUAUUACCCAGUUACUUGGCAGACGUUGAAUUAUGCACCGGUUGCGUUGGGCGUUGGUUUGGGUCUCAUCAUGCUUUGGUGGGUUGUUGAUGCAAGAAAAUGGUUCAAGGGUCCUGUUGGAAACAUUGAGGCGCCAAACGGGAAGGUUUAA